ACCUCGGAGGGUGGAGCUGGCCAGCUCCGCCUCGCACACCUCCACACCUCCAGCUGCACAGGUAGCUGGCUGGGCAGGGCCUGGAAACAAAGUCGGACCAGCUGGCCGACUCCUCGAAUUCACCCGGAGCCCUCGGAGCCGCCACCAUGGGGAUGUCCAAGUCACUGAGUUGCUUUGGUUACCCCCUGAGCAUCUUCUUCAUCGUGGUCAAUGAGUUCUGUGAGAGGUUCUCCUACUAUGGGAUGAGAGCGCUGCUGGUCCUGUACUUCCGGAACUUCAUCGGCUGGGACGACGACCUGUCCACAGCCAUCUACCACACGUUCGUCGCCCUCUGCUACCUGACUCCGAUCCUCGGGGCUCUUAUUGCCGACUCGUGGCUGGGGAAGUUCAAGACCAUCAUCUGGCUCUCCAUUGUCUAUACCAUAGGGCAAGGAGUCAUCUCAAUAAGCUCAAUUAAUGACCUCACAGACCACAACCACGAUGGGACCCCCAACAACAUGCCCGUGCACGUGUCGCUGUCCAUGAUCGGCCUGAUCCUGAUCGCUCUCGGCACUGGAGGAAUCAAGCCGUGCGUGUCUGCGUUUGGUGGUGAUCAGUUCGAGGAGGGCCAGGAAAAGCAAAGAAACAGAUUUUUUUCCAUCUUUUAUUUGGCCAUUAAUGCUGGAAGUUUGCUAUCUACCAUCAUCACACCCAUCCUUAGAGUUCAGCAGUGUGGAAUUCACACUCAACAAGCUUGUUACCCGCUGGCGUUUGGGGUUCCUGCGGCUCUCAUGGCUGUAUCCCUAAUUGUGUUUGUCAUCGGCAGUGGAUUGUACAAGAAGUUCCAGCCGCAGGGCAACAUCAUGGGUAAAGUGGCCAAGUGCAUCGGUUUUGCCAUCAAAAACAGGUUCAGGCACCGGAGUAAGGAAUUUUCCAAGAGGCAGCACUGGCUGGACUGGGCUAAAGAGAAGUACGAUGAGCGGCUCAUCUCUCAAAUCAAGAUGGUCAUGAGGGUGCUGUUCCUGUACAUUCCUCUCCCCAUGUUCUGGGCCUUGUUUGAUCAGCAGGGUUCCAGGUGGACACUGCAGGCGACAACUAUGAACGGGAAUAUUGGAACUAUUGAAAUCCAGCCGGAUCAGAUGCAGACCGUGAACGCCAUCCUGAUUGUAAUCAUGGUCCCUAUUUUUGACGCUGUGAUCUAUCCGCUGAUUGCCAAAUGCGGCUUCAAUUUCACGUCCCUGAAGAAGAUGACAGUUGGGAUGUUCCUGGCUUCCAUGGCCUUUGUGGUGGCUGCAAUUGUGCAGUUGGAAAUCGAUAAAACUCUUCCAGUCUUCCCCGAAGCACACCAGGUCCAAGUUAAAGUCUUGAAUAUUGGAAACAAUAACAUCAUCGUAUCUUUUCCUGGAGACACAGUGACCCUGAACCCGAUGUCUCAAACAGACACAUACACGACCUUUGGUACAGACCAACUGCCAAGCAUCAACGUGUCUUCCCCCGGGUCAGCAGUCACUGCGGUAGCCCACGACUUCGAGCAGGGCCACCGCCACACCCUGCUGGUGUGGGGCCCCCGUGACUACCACGUGGUAAAGGAUGGGCUUAACAAUAAGCCAGACAAAGGAGAAAAUGGAAUCAGAUUUGUAAAUACUUUUAACAACGCAGUCAGCAUCACAAUGAGCGGGAAAGUUUAUGAAGAUGUCACCAGUUAUAAUGCCAGCGAGUAUCAGUUUUUUUCUUCUGGCAAAAAAAACUUCACAGUGAGCUCAACAGAGUUUCCCCAGACAUGUCUACGUGACUUCCAGUCUUCCAACCUGGAAUUUGGCGGCGCCUACACCUACGUGAUUGAAAGGCAGAGUGACGGCUGUCCUGGCAUAAAGCAAUUUGAAGAUAUUCCGCCCAACACAGUCAACAUGGCUCUGCAGAUCCCGCAGUAUUUCCUCCUCACCUGCGGCGAAGUGGUCUUCUCCGUCACGGGACUGGAGUUCUCAUAUUCUCAGGCUCCUUCCAACAUGAAGUCGGUGCUUCAGGCAGGAUGGCUGUUGACGGUGGCCGUCGGCAACAUCAUCGUGCUCAUUGUGGCGGGGGUAGGCCACUUCAAUGAACAGUGGGCUGAGUACAUUCUGUUUGCUGCGUUGCUUCUGGUCGUCUGCAUCAUAUUUGCGAUCAUGGCUCAGUUCUACACUUACGUGAAUCCAGCAGAGAUUGAAGCUCGGUUUGAUGAGGAGGAAAAGAAAAAGAACUCGGGAAAGAGUGACCCGUACGCUUCGCCGGAGUCAGUCACCCAGACAGUGAUGUGAAGGUGAGGGAGCGUGUGGACGACAGACUGAGCCAGCUCGCGCCUUGACCUCCGUCCCCAGGGCGCAGGACACCCCACCAGAAGGCCCUGGAUGGGGAGACUUUGGAGCUGUGAACCAUACCUGGAAAGCUAUUUUCCAAGGAGCCAGCAAAGAAUCCAAAAUUCUAGAGGCAAUCUCUUUUUGUAGGUCUUAUUUAAAUUACACACAUUCCCUUUUUUAACAGAGAAUAUACCUUGCAUUUAAUAAUUCCUCUCUUGCUACACAAAUUAAACUAUUUUGGACUAAAUUUUUAAAAGGUAACAGAGUUCCAUAUUUUCUCUAAAACUCUUUUGAGAACAAUGUUAAAUGAGAUGUUAAUGCCAAAAGUGAAUUUUCAGGUAUAUAGAAAGUGCCAGCUGGUAUUAACGGACAACCUUUUAUUUUUCUCAUCCCUACCUCUUUUUAAAUUAUGUAUAACUCAAAAGACAACUAAAAUGAAGGCCAGUAAUGAUGUUUGAAGUUUCAGUGAUGUGAAAUAAAUUCCUAUUCUUAAGA